AUGCCCCCGCCCGCAGCAGAGUCGCAGCCGAUACCCCAACCGCCGCGUAGUAUUUCCGCAACCCCGCCAUCACCAGAAGACCAGGAACGCCUACAGAGAAGGCUGGAUGCAUUGCUGGAAGAUCAAAAGGCCAUCAAGAGAGCAGCAGAGAACUCGGUCGCGGCCCUGAAGCAACCGCCAGCUACUGUAGCUCCCAAACCUCCCCCACCUGAGCCGGAGCCGGAGCCGGAGCCACCGAAGAAGGACGAGCCAAAGGAUGACAUAGCCCGCGUGCCUGAUGAACAACUUCCAUCACAUAGAGAGAGGCAGAGAUGGAGCCUUUCGAAACGUUUCUCGGAUGCCAUGGACGAGCUGCUGCCGAAGCUUGCCGUCGUGACGCAAAAGGUCAACACAUACACGGGAACAGACUAUUCGGGCGUCGAAGCUCUGCGGAGAGAAAUCAAAGAUCAGGAAAAGCUCGUAAAGUCCCGCCGAGCAGCCAUUGAUUCUGCCAAACAAGUCCUCGAUACCGCGCUAGCCCACCAGGCCAGCUCCCAGAAAGAAGUCGUCGCCCUGCUUGAACGAAAACACUCGUGGUCAAAUGGCGAUCUGGAACGCUACAUGGCUCUCAUCCGAUCCGAGCACCUCAAUGACCAGGCUGUCCGCGAAGCCAAGGAUGCCGUUGCAAAUGCCGAGAAUGCUUUGGAGGAUGCGAGGGCUCAGCUGGAAAAGAGAGAGCGUGCACAGUACCACGAAGAACAAAUCUGGAGCGAUACCAUCCGUAGGAAUAGCACCUGGGUUACCUUUGGCCUGAUGGGAGUCAACAUCUUCUUGCUGCUGCUUAGCCUGGCAAUCCUGGAACCUUGGAGGAGAAGGCGGAUGGUCCGGGAAAUCAAGAAUGCGCUCGAGGCUCAGCAGAAGAUUGCCACGGAAACCGCUGCUGCUUCGGCUACUGCCGUAGCGACUAUUCCCGCAAGCCAAGGACUCGCAGCCAUGGACAGGGAAAUUGACAGGGCCCUUGAACAAAUCGAGGUCCCUGCGACGAACGCUUCUCCCGCUGAAGUCGAAGAAAUCGUCGAAGAGUCGCCCACACAAGGCACUCAGAUGCCUGCACUCGCAGAGCCAGAAUCAGUCCCCGAAGAAGUCGCCGAGGCCAUCGCAGACCCUAUUCCAGGCUCGACUAUCCCCGAAGCCGCAAAUCUCACACCAGAGGAAGCAGCACUGACGCCCGAGGAGCAAAUCGUCGUGGCCCAAGAGUCCGUCCCAUCUCACCACCGUCCUUACAGCAAGCUAGAGACGUGGCAGGAAAAGGCUCACUACAUUGCCAAUGAUCUUCUCAGCGAGCGCAUCAUUUCCAUGCGCAGAAUCGACUACACGACUGCGGUGUUGCAAGGUGCUGCCGCCGGCGCUGUCAUUACUGCUACGCUUAUUGCCAUGCUCCGACCCAAUUGA